AUGGGCCUCGGCGGCAUGAAAUCGGCAUGGCAGCGGCAGACGAAAGACUUCGGACAUACCAAGGGCGAUCAAUAUACCUCCCUGAUCUUUGACAACCGGGGCAUCGGCGAGUCAGGCAAACCUCUGAUGCGAUACUCGACCUCCUCGAUGGCACAAGACACAAUGGAGAUAUUGGACCAUCUGGGAUGGACCGAUCAACGGUCCGUACACGUGAUCGGCAUCAGCAUGGGAGGCAUGAUCGCGCAAGAACUGGCACUUCGCGUACCUGACAGGAUAGCUUCGCUCUCACUCGUCUCCACAGCCGCAUACCUCUACAACACAGUCGGCUUCUUCGAAAAUCUCCGCAACCGAGUGAACCUCUUCAUUCCCCGCGCCCUCGACAUCCAACUCGCAAACAUCAAGCGAAAUCUCUAUUCCGAGAAGUGGCUAGCCGCACCAGACGAAUCCGAAUACACCAUCCAGCCCUUCCCCACAAACGGCGACCGCUUCGCCGCCGCCGAGAUAACCAAACGGUCCGACAAGGAGGGCUUCCAGCGCAAAGGCUUCAUGGCGCAAGCCAUCGCGGCUGGCUGGCACCACAAGUCCGCUGCCCAGCUCAAAGAGCUCGGCGACAAGGUUGGACGAGAGAGGAUUAUGGUUGUGCAUGGCAGCGAGGACCGUAUGAUUAGUUUUCCGCAUGCGAAGGUGUUGCUGGAGGGUUUAGGGGGCGAGGAGGGAGGGGUUACGACGCAUUUAGUAGAGGGGCAGGGGCACGUAGUGCCGAUUGAAAUGAGGAGAGAGUUUGGGGCGUGGGUGGAGGAUUUGGUCGGGAGGGCGGAGAGGCUGCAUGCGGGGGAGGAAUAA